AUGUCACCAUCAAACCCCCAAGACCUCCCCCAUCUGAACUUCCGCUCGUUUGUCGAAGCCCUUAGAUCUGACGGCGACCUCGUUGAAAUCAACGAUGAAUGUGACCCGAACCUCGAAGUUGGCGCUAUAAUCCGUAAGGUAUCCGAGACAGACGAACGAGCACCUCUCUUCAAUAAGCUCAAGGGACAAGAUGCAGACGGCUUCUGGCGUAUCCUCGGUGCGCCAAACUCUCUGCGGUCCGACCCGUCUCAGCGCUUCGGAAGGAUGGCACGGCAUCUUGGUCUCCCUGUCACGUCGACCAUGAAGGAAAUUCUCGAAAAGAUGGUUGCCGCCAAGAGCGCGACCCCGAUCCCCCCCCUUGUCAUUGACUCCGGACUCUGCAAGGAGAUUCGCCUAACUCCGGAGCAGUUUGACCUCACUAAGUUACCUGCGCCGAUGCUGCACCAGUCUGACGGCGGGAAGUACAUCCAGACCUACGGUAUGUACGUUGUGCAGUCCCCCGACGGAACGUGGACAAACUGGUCUAUCGCCCGCGCCAUGGUACACGACAGGAACCACCUCGUGACGGUUACCUUUGCGCCGCAGCACAUCUGGCAGAUUCACCAGAUGUGGAAGAAGGAGGGCAAGGAUAUGCCAUGGGCAUUAGUCUUUGGCGUGCCACCGGCUGCCAUCAUGGCUGCGGGCAUGCCUCUGCCGGACGGCCUGUCCGAAGCGGAGUACAUUGGGUCACUGGUCGGGGUGCCGUUGGAGCUUGUGAAGUGUGAUACCAACGGGCUGUAUGUCCCUGCCAACUCGGAGAUUGUGUUUGAGGGUGUUUGCUCUAUUACAGAGACGGUUUCUGAGGGUCCUUUUGGAGAGAUGCACGGAUAUGUCUUUCCUGGCCCUACCAAUGCGCACCAACAACCUAAAUACAGGGUCGACCUCAUCACACACCGAAGAGACGCUAUUCUUCCUGUUUCAAACUGCGGUCGGUUGACUGACGAGACGCGGUGGAAAACUGACGCGAAGCAGCAAACUAUGAUCGGACCCCUGGCCUCCGCUGAGAUUAGCUUCCUCCUCAAGUCCAAGGGACUACCCAUCAAGGAGGUCUUUUCCCCCUUCGAGUCGCAGGUCACAUGGGCCGCUCUACAGGUGGACACGGAGAAACUCCGCGCCAUGAAGACAAACGCCAAGGACUUUUGCCGUUCCAUCGGUGAUGUCGUCUUCAACAACAAGGUAGGCGGCGCGUUCCACCGUCUCGUGAUUGUGGGCGACGACAUCGACGUGUACGACUUCAAGGACGUCAUCUGGGCCUUUUGCACGCGCUGCCGCCCGGGUAUGGAUGAAUACCACUUUGAGGACGUUCCAGGCUUCCCGUUAAUUCCGUUUAUGUCGCACGGCAACGGUGAUAGUCUCAGGGGUGGAAAGGUUGUCUCCGAUUGUCUAAUGCCGGUAGAGUACACCACUGGUCGUAACUGGGAAGCUGCGAGCUUCAAGGAGUCGUUCCCAGUCGAUGUCCAGGAGAAGGUGCUGCAACGUUGGGAAUCGCUUGGAUUCACCUCGAAGUCGUGA